AGAACCGGAAUAAACGAGACUUCAAACACGUGCGGGCGCAUACCUGAGCUUCUUGUGAACUGUCGAAGUAUUAAUAACAAAGUUGACGAGUUUGCAUCCCUUGUGGCGACUACUCAAGCGAAAAUUAUCAUGGGUACAGAAUCUUGGCUGGACAGUACGAUACCUGAUACUGGGAUCUUCCCACAUGGAUUCACUAUUUAUAGGAAAGAUAGAAAUCGCCAUGGCGGGGGAGUAUUCAUUCUUGUUGCGAACGAGUGGACUAGCGAGGAAAUUUCUUUUAAUAAUUCAGCAGAAGCAGUGUGGUGCCGCGUUUACUUACCGAAGGGAAAAACUGUCGUUUUUGGUUGUUUCUACCGUCCGCCGGACAGUAGUGACACUCCCAUGACACUGCUCUCUGAGAUGAUGCAGUCUAUUCCAGACAGUGUAUUUUUGAGUGGGGAUUUCAACCUACCAGAUUUUGAUUGGACAACCUGUGGUACACAUAAUAGGUCAUCAGUCUAUACUUUGUUUGGUGAAUUCUUGAGAGUUUUUGGUUUUUUUCAAUAUGUGAAUGUUCCUACAAGACAUGAUGCCAUUCUGGAUUUAAUCUUAUGUAAUGACCCCAAUGUUGUUUCCACUGUGUCGGUGAUCCCUGGUAUAAGUGAUCAUAAGGCCGUUGUGACAGACUUAAACAUAAAAAACGUUCAAAUAGCACAGGAAAUACCAAGAAAAAUUUUCCUGUAUGACCAUUGUGAUUAUGAUUGCGUUUCUGCAGAACUAGAGUUGUAUUACCCAACAUUCUUGCUUCUGGCAGAAAGCCGUUGUUCUUCGGCGCUGUGGUCUUCUUUCCGUGAUAAGCUACUUAACGCAGUCGAAGCUCAUGUACCAAAUAGAAUACUAAAAAAGAGAACGAAGCAAAAACCUUGGUUUAAUGGUGACAUUCGCAGAUUAAUUAGGAAAGCACGAAGUUCGUACAGAAAAUUUCAAAAAAGAAUUCUAAUGAGCAAGAGCUGA